AUGGAGGGAAACUAUUAUAGAAAACAUCCAGCAGUUUACGAAGACCUUGGGUGGAACUAUUAUGGGUAUCCCACAGUAAUUGACACCCAGGCCUACUCGGGGAAGGAUAGCUCCUCUAGUGGUCAGACUGACUCAAUACAGGGGAGGAAGUCAAGGUGCUCUACUACUGUCAAAUUAGCGUCCUUCUGUUUGACCAUCAUCCUGAUAGCUCUUAUUUGUGGGAUCAUAUACUUAUCCCAUCACAGAGAUAUUUCCGAAGGAAGGAUGACGAUUAAACAAGAAUACACAACAAAUUUAGGAAACAAAAAUUCGGAGGAAUACUUAGCCUUUACAUCUAAAUUUUGUGUUCAGAUGGAAAAAACUUUUAAGACAAAGAGCAGUUCCUAUGGCAGCACUUACCAGUCCUGUGACGUAAAGAGUCUAACGCCUGGUAGUAUAAUUGUGACUUUCACCCUGUACUUUCUGGAUACAAUCACUGUGACAGAUGAAGAUGUUAUCAAUGUUAUUAGAGAUUCCGUAAGAGUUGUAAAUUCUAACACAGUGUUCGGGGACUAUAUUGUUGACACAACUAAACUCUCAAUAACAACAACAUUACAAGUCUACGAGAAAGAUCCCUUACCUGAUAUCAAAUUCAACACAGUCAUCAAUGAUCCAUCUACCACAACAUCAACCACAUUUUCUUCUACAGAAAUGGUAACAACAUCUUCCACAAAAACAACAGAAAUGUUCACAACACAAACGAGUUCAGCAACAGAUGCACCAACGUCAACACAAUCAACCACAGUGCAGACUACAUCACCAGUAUCAACAACAACCAAACUGACGUCAAAUCCAGCAACAACAAUUAAAACAACAUCAACACAAUCCACAUCGAGUGGAACUACGUCAACAGUAUCAAUAACAGUUGAAGAAACAUUGUCAAGGAUUACAUCCACGCCAACAAUGUCAACAACAGUGGAAAGCACAUCAGAAUCCUCAACAGCACAUGGGACUACAUCUGCACAUUUACUUACAGUUGAAUCAACGCCAAAAAUAUCAAGUACAGUUGAAAGCACAUCAGAGUCCUCAACAACACAUGAAACUACAUCUGCACAUUUACCAAAAGUUGAAUCAACGACAACAAUAUCAAAAACAGUUGCAAGCACACCAGAAUCCUCAACAGCACAUGAAACUACGUCUACACAUUUACCAACGGUUGAAUCAACGCCAAAAAUACCAAAUACAGUUGAAAGCACAACAGAAUCCUCAACAACACAUGAAACUACGUCUACACAUUUACCAACGGUUGAAUCAACGCCAAAAAUACCAAAUACAGUUGAAAGCACAACAGAAUCCUCAACAACUCAUGAAUCUACACCUGCACAUUUACCAACGGUUGAAUCAACACUUGAAAGCACGACAAAACUCCCAAUAACAGUUGAAAUUACAACCACAGAAUUGACAAAGGUUGAAUCCACGGCAACAAUUCCAACAACAACUGAAACCACAUCAGAACAAUCAACAUCAUCUAAAACCACUACGGAUUCAUUAGAAACAGUUAAGAUUACGAAAACAUCUUCAACAACAGUUUCAGGUACAUCGUUUCUAUCAACAACACCGAAAACUACAACUUCACAACUAACAACAAUUGAAAAUUCAAGUGAUGCACCAACAGGAGAUAAAACUACUCUAAUGCCAGGGGACACUAGCUCUGCUUUAUCAGCAGUUCAAACCACGUCAGAUAUUCUAACAACGCGUAACAUGUCGACAUCACCACCAGCAGUUCAAACCACGCCAGAGGUCCUAACAACACAUUCCAUAUCAACAUCACCAGCAACAGUUCAAACCACACCACAGGUCCUAACAACACAUUCCAUAUCAACAUCACCAGCAACAGUAAACACAACAGAGGUUCUAAGAACAACAACAGAUCAAGUAGAGACCAAAACAACAGGAUUAUCACCCACGGAAUAUUCAAUCUCACCAUCAACCGAAGUAACUGUAGAAACCAAAUCUGCAACACCAACAGAGACUUCCAUUAGGACAACACAAAAUCUAUUUUCGUCAGACAAAAGAACGGAACACCUUACAUCCACGCAGAAUAUAUCCACCACAGAAUUCUCUACCACUAUUAUCUUGUCUUCAAAAGGGACAGAUGAAUCACCUAUAAAUUAUACGACAGUCCCUUCCUCAACAAGUCAAUCCACGACAUCAAAUGCGGACGAUAGGUUAACAAGUGUUCCAUCUACCUUAUCUUCCAUGACGGAGUCCUCAACGUAUGUAAACGCUGACAACAACAAUACCACUUCCACGCCAGAGUCCUCAACGUUUGUAAAUACUACCAUCUACAACACCACUUCCACACCAGAGUCCUCAACGUAUGUAAACACUACCAUCUACAACACCACUUCCACGCCAGAGUCCUCAACGUAUGUAAAUACUAACAACUACAACGCCACUUCUCCGCCAGAGUCCUCAACGUAUGUAAACACUACUAUCUACAACACCACUUCCACGCUAGAGUCCUCAACGUAUGUAAACACUACCAUGUACAAUACCACUUCCACGACUCAGUCCUCAACGUAUGUAGAUAUUACUAUCUACAACACCACUUCCACACAAGAGUCCUCAACGUAUGUAAACACUACCAUCUACAACACCACUUCCACGACACAGUCCUCAACGUAUGUAAACACUACUAUCUACAACACCACUUCCACACCGGAGUCCUCAACGUAUGUAAAAACUACCAUCUACAACACCACUUCCACGCCAGAGUCCUCAACGUAUGUAAAUACUAACAACUACAACGCCACUUCUCCGCAUGAGUCCUCAACAUUCCUCAACGUAUGUAAACGUUACCAUCUACAAUUCCACUUCCACUCCAAGACUGCCUUCCUCUGA